CGAAGGGCCCUGCCUCGCAAUGUGUUUGGUAUAGCUACAGUACAUCCGUACAUUUGAGUAAGAGCGCAUUUUCUACAACUACAGCGUGCGACCAAAGGUCUUGCUUUCAUCCCAUCUGUCGCGAAUCCCAGCCUGCGCAUGACACCUCGUAGCUCGGCCCACAACUGCCUGAAAGUCUGCCUGCACUCGUGGUCAAUUGGCCUGUCCCCCAAAGCCCGCGCAAAGGCAACACGCAAGCCACAAUGAACACGACCAUGACGACGACCACGACGACGAUAUGCGCCGCGUGCCGGGCAUCGACACGGCGCCAAGCCUUCCGAUCGCCACGGCGCGCAUUCCAAACAGCUGCCCCCAAGACCGCCCAUCCCACGCCCGCUGAGAUCCUGUCCCGGCCAACCUGGUCCGUCCGGUCACUGCUCCCACCCCCGUCCUCUCCCUCCUCGACCACACCAUCACAGCAGUCACAACCCAACCGAAAACAAGAAGAAGAAGAAGAAAAAGAAGAAGAAGACGAGGAGAUUACCCCUUCCACCCUUCUCCACCUCCUCCGUCUCUCCGCGCUACCGCCCCCGAGCUCGCCGGAAGAGCAAUCCCAGCUCCUCGGCACGCUGCGCUCCCAGCUGCACUUUGUGCGGAACAUCCAGUCCAUCGACACAACGGGCGUGACGCCGCUGGUCUCGAUCCGGGACGAGACGGCCGAGGGCGUGCGGGAGCAGACGGUUGGUCUGGAGACGCUGCGGGAGGCGUUGGGGGAGGAGCAUGUUAUUGGACAUAACAAGAGGCCGCGGAGAAGGAGAGGAGAAGGCAAUAGGGUCCAGAUCAAGGGGGUUGAGGACUGGGAUGUCUUGAAAGGCGCGAGUGAGAAGGCUGGAAGGUAUUUUGUGGUUAGGAGCGCACCUGCCAAGUAAGAGCCUUGUUUAGAAAGAGGGUGGCAACAGGAAGAUACAGUGGUGGAUAUACCCAGGCAUAAGUCUACGCGAGAGAGAGAGAGAGACAGAGAGAAAGAGAGAGAGAGGGAGCAUCAGAUGAGAUAAAAGCAUGGCAUGAGCAUCUCCAUUGCCUGAAUCUGUUUCUACCUAAAGGUAUAUACGAAUCUGCAAGGAACUGCGAAGACGAUGCGCACAAGCGUAGCCAUGAGGCCACCAAGCCCGCGGUAUAUCAUGCAAACGUGUUUCAUCUCAGGCCUUUCGACCACCAAAAUAAAAUAAAAUAAAUCUCUUUUUCCCUUUUUCUCUUUUUCUUCUCAUUCUUCUCUUUUUCUUCUCCUUCUUCUCUGCAAGUGCUUGUUCUAAUCCGUACUCUCAAGAUGUU